AUGGCCUUCCUCACCCAUCUGCUGGUCUGCACCUUCGGAAUGGGGUCCUGGAUGGCCAUCAACGGUCUCUGGGUGGAGCUGCCGCUGCUGGUAACAGAACUUCCCGAGAGCUGGUUUCUGCCCUCCUACCUCACGGUGAUCAUACAGUUGGCCAACAUUGGGCCCCUCCUGAUCACCGUGCUCCAUUAUUUUCGCCCCGGAUGCCUUUCUGAGGUGCCCGUGAUCUUCGCUGUGCUGGGCGUGGGCACUGUGGCCUGCAUUCUCUUCGCCUUUCUCUGGGAUACCACGUCCUGGGUGCUGGGCACCCAACACAGCAUUGCCUUCUUGGUCCUCACCUUCUUCCUGGCACUGGUAGACUGUACCUCCUCCGUCACCUUCCUGCCCUUCAUGAACCGCCUGGCCACCUGCUACCUCACCUCCUACUUCGUGGGUGAAGGGCUCAGCGGAUUCCUGCCCGCCAUAGUGGCUCUUGCCCAGGGCUCAGGCCUCACCACCUGUGUCAACGUCACAAUGCCUGCCAACUCCUCUAGUCCUAAGACCACCCUGAAGACCAGCAUCUCACAGGGAGAACCCUCCCCCAUACUUAGUGCACUUCCCACCAUCACCUCAGCAGUCUUCUCCAUGGAAAGCCGCUACCUCCCUGCUCACUUCUCACCCUUCAUCUUCUUUCUCCUGCUCACUGUCAUGAUGCUCUGCUGCCUGGUCGCCUUCUUCUUCCUUCAGCGAAAAUCCAUGCGCAGGGAAAACUCCACCCAAGACCUGUUCACCUCCCAAGUCACCCUCAACUCCAUUCGGCUGCGGGAAGACCAUGAGCCAGGGGCCCUGGGCCUGGCAGACUAUGACAACAAGAGCCAGGGGCACCUGGAGGAGAAAGAGCCCUUCACCACCUCGCUCCAGCUGACCUUCAUCUACAUACUGGUGGCCUUUAUAAAUGCACUAACCAAUGGGGUGCUGCCCUCCGUGCAGACCUACUCCUGUCUGUCCUACGGGCCCGUUGCCUACCACCUGUCUGCCACCCUCAGCUCCAUGGCCAACCCUCUCGCCUGCUUCAUCUCCAUGUACCUGCCCAACAGGUCCCUGCUAUUCCUGGGCAUCCUCUCCUUGCUGGGGACCAGCUUUGGGGCCUACAACCUGGCUAUGGCAGUGAUGAGCCCCUGCCCCCUUCUGCAGGGCCACUGGGGUGGAGAAGUUCUUAUCGUGGCCUCCUGGGUGCUCUUCAUUGGCUGCCUGAGCUAUGUCAAGGUGAUGCUGGGCGUGAUCCUGCGCGACCGCAGCCGCAGCGCCCUCUUAUGGUGCGGCGCGGCAGUGCAGCUGGGUUCGCUGCUUGGGGCGCUGCUCAUGUUCCCCCUGGUCAACGUGCUGCAGCUCUUUUCCUCUGCAGACUUCUGCAACCUGCAGUGCUCCGCCUAG